UAAAACCUUUGAACAGGGCAUUUGGACAUGCGCCAUGUGAAUCGUAGUGCAGGAGGACUGAGUGCCCCAGUCUCCGACUGAGCGGAAGGCGGUUCCAUCGUCUGGGCUCAUUCGGCCUCCGCACCGUGGCGCAAUCUUGCCUGUAUGCCCACUGGAGAUUCUCUUCCUUUAUAAUGCUGCAAACCCACCUCUUCUUGCCCCUUCCAAGGCUCGCACAACUUCUCAAAUAACGGGCCUCUAGCAUCAGCGAUCAAACAUGUGGCUCGCAGCCAUCACCCUUUACAUUCUCGUCCUGGCUAGGUCCAUUCCAACCGCGAAGAGCACAAUCACGUACCUCUACGAUAAGAAUCACGGAAGCGACAAAGACGUUCUUGGCGCUUGCGAAUUGCCGUCAGGGUACAGCGACUUGGCGGGCGCCGAUCUCUUCAAUUGUCCAAGCAAUGAUGAAUGUCAUUGUGACAAAGGUGCAGAUGUGGAAACAGUCCGAACCGAGUUUUGGCGCGUAUGCGGCCUAUUGAAAGGCGUACCAAUGGGUUAAGUCGACGAGAGACGUUCGCGCAGUCCACACUCGACCAUAGACUUGUACGAAGGCACUCGGCGACAUCGACGAAAGUACAGGCACCAU